CUUUGGUUCACUGAUUCGGGCGACGGCAGCCUGCUACGAGAGCCCAUCACCUAUGCGGUUUCUGAAAGGCUUCUGCAACUUCCCAACAGGAUGCGGAGCAUAUUGACUUACCUUGUGGCGUCGUUCGUCGUACAAGGUUUGGAAGCUGCGAAGUCACCGAUAGCAUCCACGAAAAACGGGCCCGUCGAAGGACGCACAGUGGAAGUCCUCGGUAGGACGGUGGAAGUUUACCAGGGUAUUCCGUUCGCUCGCCCACCCGUCGGUAAGCUUCGAUUCCUGGAACCUAUUCCCGCCGACCCUUGGUCCGGCGUCUACAACGCCACGGCCCCGAAGACGGCUUGUAUUCAGAAAGUAUUCAGCGCCGAUUUCGCGCCUUACGUCAACCACUCCGAAGACUGCCUCUACCUCAACGUUUGGACCCCAGCGAGCUCGAAACCACUCAAGACAGUGCUGGUGUGGAUUCACGGAGGCGGUUUCACAUUCGGUUCGGCCUAUCAACACUGGUACGACGGUUCCGCGCUGGCGGCUUCGCACGACGUCGUCGUCGUCACUCUCAACUACCGUCUGAAUAUCUUCGGUUUUCUGAAUGCUGCCGUGCCUGAAGUGCCGGGCAACAUGGGUCUCCUGGAUCAGAACCUGGCGCUUCGUUGGGUUCGCGACAACAUUCGGUCGUUCGGUGGCAAUCCGUCACGGGUGACGUUGUUCGGAGAAAGCGCCGGUUCUUUCAGUGUGAGCGCUCAUGUACUGUCUCCCCUCAGCCGGGGCUUGUUUCAAAGAGCCGUCUUCAUGAGCGGAGCGUACGACACGGACGGUUUGAUAGAUACCGCCUUUGAGAGUUUAUCCAAGGGCAACAAGGUCGCUGAACUCGUUGGCUGUACAUCUGCUUACAGAGACCUCGCGUCUUACCCGCAAGAGGUACUCAAGUGCCUGCGCUCCAAGCCGGCUGAGCUCCUUUGCGAUGCCACCUACAAGGGCGCCGCGACUAAGGUAUUCAACUUCAUUCCAUCACAUCCGAACGCUUUCUUUCCAAAGCGUCCCACCGUGGCAAUGAAGGGAGGCGAGUUUAACAACGUUGAUGUCAUGCUCGGAGUCACCGCAACCGAAGGGAAUUUUAUAAUUAUGUCUUUUCCGGAUAGCCGCAUUCAAACGGAGGAGCUCGAAAGCAUCAGCGAAGACGAGCUCAAGGAAGUUCUACGCAUCGUGUCCCUCGCCUGGCUUCCAGACAAGUUCGCGCCCUCGCUGGAGCGAUACGCGAGUGCGGCCACUGCGGGCGAUAAGCGACUGCUGAGGGAGCUGUAUGCAGAGUUUAUAACUGACGGCCAGUUCAUCUGUCCCAGCAAGUUUUUCGCCGAAGACUACUCCGAUAUGGGUAACUCGGUCUACUUUUCGGUACUCGGCUACAGGUCGGCCAAGUUCCCGUUCCCGAAGUGGACUGGCGUCCCGCACACUUCUGACAUUGUCUUCUACUUCGGCGUUCCUCUCCUCAAACCGGAACACUUCACCGACGAAGAUCGGGAGUUCAGCAAGGCUGUGAUGAAAGCGUUCACGAAUUUUGCAAAGACGGGGCAAGUAUUUUGGAAAUGAGAUGAUCCCGACCGAGAGAGGUUUUAAAAACAUAGCAGCCAUGAACGAACAAAUUUUCUCAUGCGUUAUUUUUUUCUGUAGAGUUGUGAAGUGAGAGAAGUGCGAAGUAGGGAGAACUGCGGUUUUCUGUUUCAGUUUGCAGCCACUGGCAUGGAAGGAUUUUCUUUUAUUGUGUUUUUAGGCUCUUGGUUUUCGUAAACGUUUGAACUCAGUGGUACAUGAAACGCUUAGAAACAUUUAUGAGCGUGCACCAAAAAUAGACGCUAGGCGAGAAGAGUAGGUGGAAAACAACAGCUGCAAGAUGUGUUUAUUAUAGGAGCUUAUCAUACGUGCAAUGAGUCAAACUUGGCCUUUUUGCGGGUACAACGCAGCGCCGUGUAUAUUGUGUGAGACACAGGAUGAUGCACAGCAAUGCACCCUCGAAAGUGCUACACUAGUACAUUAACUGCAACCAUUUUAUUAACUUGGAGGCAUCGAGGAGUACUGAGAGACGUACUCGGGAGGUAUUUAUCAAAUCUAAGGUUUUAUAUUAAGUACGUGAAGAAAAAGCGUAUGAAAUUCGGCUGUACUUUAGGCAUUGUAUAUGGUGCGCACGUCCCAGUCUUAGAUGACCAAUAUCUGUAAUUCAUUUACGGACAUGCGCUAUUACAGGUGUCACUUUCUGUUGUUAUUCUGCUUGCAGAAAGCCAGUCAUCGACGGGAUCGAGUGGCCGGCGUACACGAUCGACGAUCCUGUAGCCCUGUGGAUUCAGCCAGGAAAUUACUCCCUGCACAGGAAUAUUGGCGACAAGAACUGUGACUUCUGGAGACAGUACUUGACGUACGCAGAAAAAUAAAGGUUCUACCUACUAAGCAAGCCUCAGCUAACUGGAACAAAAAUAAAAACAGCAUA